AUGACCACCGUUUGCACAACGCCCAAUUCCCCGCCCGAACUUUCCGGUUCCAAAUCUUCUAAAUCCUCCUCAUUCCGCUCCUCCUCCCAACUCGAUGGCCCCGAUGGCAUCUUUACGGAUAUCUCCAACUUUGAAGAUAUUGGCCUUGAAGACGACGCGGAUCUAGCAUAUAACAAUGCCGUCGCCUCGCCCUAUGGUCGGCCCGGCCUUCCGCGGUCAUCGACCGCACGAAUGCAGUCCAAAACCCCGAUGAUCACGACGCGCGAAUUAACCACUACCUCGCAACAAACGAAGGGUUUGCACAAGCCCCCGGCACAAGUCAACGGAAUGCUCAGUCUGCAGACACGCAGUGUUUCCAGAUCAAAGUCUGGGAAUAAACGUGACCCUGGCAGUACCAAGUCGCCGUCAAAAACGCCCAACUCUCAGCGUGCUCGAUCCACAUCGCCCCUUCGACCAGCAUCUCAUCUGGGCUCUUCGCCGUCUACUCAUAGCCUAUCCUUGUCGCCAGCCAAUGCCCGGCCUACUUUGAACCGAAAACAGUCCUGGCAGCCAAAUCGCAAGACCUUAAAGGAAUUGGAGGAAGAAUAUCAUGAUUCAGAUGAGGAGCUACCAGAAGAUGCAAGUCUGUGGAACGUCCCGAUAUCUCCUCGACCUCUUGAAGAUCGCUCAGCCUCUCGAAGCACGAGUCCGAACGGUCGGAGUCCGGGACCUCGGCCCCUCCCCUUAUCGCACUCCGUCAAGGAUGUUUCAUUGCCGGGCGUAAGAUCACCAAGCGGAUCUCGACCCGCUCGACCUGCCGUGCGAUCUAGCUCUGCAGGCCCUGAACGUGGCCAGAUUUCCCCGCGUAACCCGCGUGUUUAUUCGUACAAUAGCAUGAUGUCCGAUUUGUCGGAAGAAGCAAAGAUCAUCACCGAGGCUCUAGAACAUCAUGCAGACCAGCGCGAACGGAAGCGGGGAGAAAACCUGCAAAGCGGCCUAUCGUCCCUGAGGUCGAGCGAGGAGUCUAAGCGGGGUUCUAGAGGCACUAUUGAGCUGCCCCCGUUGCAAAAGUCCAACAUCAUGAUUGAUCCUUUACCCAUCAGCAAAGAAAAGGAGAAGGUUCUCACGAGAACACGGCCUAGUUGGCUUCCUCCUAAGGAUCAGAAGGAGGAAAAGAAGCAUCUGAAAGAGUACAAGAGAAUGAUGGCGCAGUCACGGGAAGCAGACAAGCGCCGGGCGGCGAAGGCUGCCUCAGCCAAGUGCGAGAAGGACAACACCCGAGAAACACUUCAGCGUAUCUGGGAUGAUUACGUUUACCCCAAUUGGGAGAAUGCCAUAGGUGAAACCAGAACACGUGAACUGUGGUGGCGUGGAAUACCUGCUCGAAGCAGAGGAACAACCUGGCAGCGCGCCAUCGGCAAUGAGCUGUCUUUGUCCGAGGAAACGUACAAGAAGGCAUUGCAGCGCGCCAAAGACGUACGGUCAAGGGCCGAUGGCGACGCUGGAGAGAGUAACAAACGAAUGCGAGAGUGGUUUGAGGCAAUUGAAGCCGACGCAUCCAAAGCAUUCCCAGAUUUGAAACUGUUCCAGGUAGGCGGCCCUUUACGGGAAUCCUUGAUUGACGUAUUGGAGGCAUACUCUAUGUAUCGGAGUGACGUGGGCUAUAUCACUGGUCUUCACACAAUUGCUGCUCUCCUCGUCCUUCAAUUCCCAUCACCUUCAUCUGCUUUCCUCGCAAUGGCCAAUGCUCUCAAUCGAUCUUUGCCUGUUGCUUUCCUCACCCUCGACCGGGGGGCGAUCGGUCGUACUUACACACUAACGACUGCGACCCUUCGUUAUAAAUUCCCUCGCCUAGCCACUCACCUUACCGAGACGCUUCAGCUCUCGGAUGAAGAGAUCUGGGAGCCAAUGUUCCGCUCCCUCCUCACAAACGGUCUAGACCUCGAGCGUAUCAGCCGCGUCUGGGACUGCUGGGUAUUCGAGGGAGACCGCAUCAUGAUUCGAGCCGCAGUGGCGGUUCUCGGUUGCUUGCAGGCGCAACUGUUUGGAUUUACCAAGCCGGAUGACGAGAGUCGUGCCACGGUUAGGGAAAUCCUCGGAUGGGGGCCCCGUAGUGCCGGAGCCAAGCCUAAGGAGCGCCAUAGUGCUCCGGUAACACUUGCAGGGGGCUUUGGUGGUCAAUUCUCCAGUGCCGGCGUUGGUGACUACUGGAUACUCACGACCGCGGGCGAUGAAGAUGGAUUUAUGAGCGAGGUUAGGGAAGCGGGCAAAGUGCGGCAUUAG